UAAAGGUUCAAACCUGGGGAACUUUGAGUGACUUGGGUGGCAGCCCUUCCUUUCUGGCCCUGGCCUCCAGUUCUCUAGUAUCCAGGGGUAAGCUCACCAAUAGUCACAUCUCAUGAUGGAGGCCAUCAAGAAAAAGAUGCAGAUGCUGAAGUUAGACAAGGAGAAUGUGCUGGACCGGGCUGAGCAAGCUGAAGCUGAGCAGAAGCAGGCAGAAGAAAGGAGCAAACAGCUAGAAGAUGAAUUAGCAACCAUGCAGAAGAAGCUGAAAGGAACCGAGGAUGAGCUAGACAAGUAUUCUGAAGCUUUAAAGGAUGCCCAGGAGAAGCUGGAGCUAGCAGAGAAGAAGGCAGCUGAUAUCAAGAGGAGAUUAUCUGUACAAAGGGACCGGUCUCAGGAAUGCAAUGCAGCGUGUUUCCACUUUGGUUUGCCUGGGAUGCGGUCUAAGGGCACAGGGAGGUACAACAAUGCCAUCUGCUGGUCAGCACUCAGAUGA